AUGAAAUAUCAAUCAAAGAUACAAUCUGAAGAUCAUGGUACAGUUAUAGAACAAUUAAAAUCAACAAAAAUUAAUACAAAAACAGCAAGUUUAAAUUAUUUACGUGCUAUUGCACGAUCGUUUAUUUUCUUAUUGAAGCAAGAAUUUGCAUUUAUGAACUUGAAAGAUUUGAUCCAACUACAACAUCUAAAUCUUUCUGAACCAAUAGUUCAAUGGCUAUCUAUAGCUAACAGAAAAGAACUUUAUUGGAGUGGAGAAAGUCGUAGUGAUUGGUUACUUAGUGUGCAAAAGUGGCUAUGGAAAAAACAACUAGAAGAAUUAAGAAAUGUUACUUAUAUUACAAUAAUAGCAGAUGAAACAUGCGAUGUUACAGUGAUGGAACAAUUAUGUAUUUGUUUACGUUAUUUUAAUCCUUCUACCAAAGAAUUAGUUGAAAGAAUUAUUUGUUUAUAG